UGCCAGCGUCCGGCCAUGGCCCGCGACCGCGGCCCGCCCGUGCUGUGGCAGUCCCCGGCUUCCCCGCGCCUGCCCGCAGCCGCUUUGCCGGCCGAGGCCCGCGGAUGGGGCUGGCUGGGAGCGGGGCUAUGGCCGGCGCUGGUGGUGGGGCUCCUGGCCGCCCUGGUCGCCUGGUUCUGGUACGGCGGCAACGACGGACGGGGAGAGGAGAGCGGCGAGGCGGCCCCGGCGGUCCAGCGGGCGAGGGGAGAGGCGGAGGCUGCAGAGGACCUUCUGGUGAGCAGUGAGGAAGUGCUGCGGCAGGCAAAGGCUGCUGCUCUGUCCAGCCUUCAGAAACCAGGAGAGGAUUUGACGGCGGCACCAGGGAGUGAACUCAACCAUACCCCGAGCGGUACAGCUUCCUCUAAAUCUCCAGAGACCGAGCAACUGCUGCCAAAGCAGUGUGUCACCUCCUCGGAGUCUGACGCUGGGCAGCGUCUGGCUGAUGAACGUGAUGGCCAGGGAGAAUCGAGACCACAGGUGGGGCAGGCGGGUGAGGGAUGGUGCGUGAUGAACUUGGCAGGAGCCUCUGGUGAGGUUUGUAAGGACAGAAGUGAGGAGAAGCUGUGCCAGCCAGCCGAGAGCCGUAACUUGGACCAUGAAGAUUGGGAAGUUGUUUCUGAGCACCUGGACUGGGGGGAGGCUGGUCAGAAUGGCAGCAUGGAAGAUUCAGACAGCAAAGAAUGGGAACAAGGAGACUGCUCUGAUGGGGACUUGAAAGCAAAGAGAGUUGCAGCGGUGCCCCCAAUGUUUCAAAACAUCCACGUGACUUUCCGUGUGCACUACAUCACACACUCUGCUGCUCAGCUGAUUGGUGUUACCGGUGACCAUGAGUGUCUCGGGCAGUGGCACAGUUAUGUUCCCCUCAAGUAUGACAAGGAUGGCUUCUGGUCUGAGUCUGUCACCUUGCCGGUGGACACCAAAGUAGAGUGGAAAUUUAUCUUGGUGGAGAAUGGGAAGGUCACACGUUGGGAGGAAUGCAGUAAUAGGACCCUAGUGACUGAACGCGAAGAUCAAAUCGCUCAUCAGUGGUGGGGAUACCACUGACUGGAUUUUGGACGCUGCUUAUCUAAACCUGCUUAGAUUAAUCACAGAGCCCCUAAACUUUCUCCCCUCUUCAGUAGGAUCCCUUUGUGACUGCGCCGCUCCGUAAGUCCUGUAUCAAAUCUGAUUAAACUGUGUGAGCAGUAGAUCUUGGUUGCUCCCCUUUCUCUCCCCCCCUCCCCCCCCCCCCCAAUUUGGAAGUCACUUGGCAACCUGAAAAACCAAUGUUGGCCAUCUUCUGAAGAUGUGCCAAGUAGGAUAUGAAGGCAUGAGCAGCUGUGCUUCUGCCUGUCUCUAACUCUGGACCCUGGACUUGAGUUGACCCUUGACAGUUUGUGCUGCUUUGAGUGGGGCUGUGGGAUGCAUCUUUGUGCUGAUGGCUUAGGGCUAUAAAAGCAUACUAAGAAGCAUGGUUACCUACACUGUAAGAUGAACUUAAAUGUUUUAACUUAUGUAAUGUAUCAAGUAAGCAAUAAACACUUUCAGACUGAUGGUCCUUUAUAACACAA